AUGUCUCGCGGAUCUCCCUUGUCAAUCUCAUCUCUGUGCCCACCCGUUGAAAGGCUUCAAAUAUCUGCAAUUAUUGUCCCACGUGUCACUUGUGAUCUACCCACUCAACCUGCUCAACCUGUGCACUUAAAUGCCAAAUGGAGUCACCUCAACCUUGCAGAUCCCGACUUCGGCCAACCUAACAAAAUUGACAUACUCCUGGGAGUAGACGUCUACGCUGAUGUGCUGUUGCAAGGCCGGCGGAAUGGACCCCCUGGUACGCCUACUGCCUUUGAAACUAAGUUUGGAUGGGUACUCACUGGCAAAACAGACAAUGUUGCAGCUAACCAUGCAAUCACACUCUCUGGUGACGACAUUCUCCGCGAAAUUGAAGAAUGCCCAAGAGAUGUCUCAAAUCACUCACCAGAAGACUCACCAGAAGAACGCUCUGUUGUUCGUCAUUUUGCUGAAACCCACAAGAAAAGUGAAGAUGGUAGAUUUGUCGUACCACUUCCAAAAAACCCUCGGACAAAACCUCUUGGAGAGUCAAGAUCAUCUGCUGUACGCCGAUUCCUCUCUCUCGAGCGAUCUCUCCACUCAAAGGAUCAAUUUGAUGAAUUUGCUACUGUCAUGGAUCUCAAACAUGGAUCUCAAACACGCUGA